GUGAUCUCCCAUCGUACGUCGGGGCAGCUUGCUCCUCCUCGGCACGACUCGCCCUCGGGACGUCGACGGGAGCUUCUGACCGCGCUCGAACGCGUAUAAGACACGGACUGGUCUUGCUGCUGAAUGUUCCCCAGAUCUCCUCCGGAGUUCAAGGUACCACAACACCCGCACUUUCAACUACACCUACCAAAUCCACGCCAACGAUGCGGUUCUCGUCCACUGUCGUCGUCGCCGCGCUCUCCGCCGCCGCGUCCGCCAUCACGGUCUCCUACGACAACGCCUACGACAAUGCCUCUGGCUCGCUCACGACCGUCGCCUGCUCCGACGGCGCGAACGGCCUCAUCACCCGCUACGGCUUCCAGACCUUCGGCGACAUCCCGGUCUUCCCCCAUAUCGGCGGCGCGGCCGUCGUGCCCGGGUGGAACUCGGCCGAGUGCGGGACGUGCUGGCAGCUGACGUACGCCGGCACGGGCAAGAGCAUCAACGUGCUGGUGGUGGACCAUACCGACACGGGCUUCAACGUCGCGCAGGAGGCGCUCGACGAGCUGACGAACGGGAACGCGGUCGCGUUUGGAAGGAUCGACGCGACGGCGACGCAGGUCGCGGUGACGCAGUGCGGAUUGUCGCACUGAAGGCAACGAUAUCCAUGAUUGGUCACACCUUUACAUUCCUACGGACUUGUGCGCUUUACGGACACUUGCAUCGAUGCAUGGACUUUGUACUACGGAUCAACACGAUGUGAUACACAUGACACUUUACGAACGAAACCCAAUGUAUUUCGGGCCGAUUUACGAGCGCCGACUCGAAGACAGUUUUGGCAGACAGUCAGCGUUGGAUUCCGAUGCGAGUGGAUGACAGUCAUCUGGCCUUGUCGCGAAGUCCGAUAUGUAAUCGUGAUCUAUAUUGGACGGAGAGUUCUGCGUCUUCCAUUUCUCGUUGGUCGUUCACAGUCAUGGAUGCGCUGAACAACGAUGCCCUGCACUA